UAAGGGAUUUCGGGAGGCUCUUUGUCCACACGGUCCUUAUAGCACCCCGUCAGAGCGGGGGAAAGGAGUGGAGUUACCUGAAUGGGUUCAUAAGGAGUGAGAGUUUCGCGUGGAGGCUGAAAAAUAUGGUGAUUCUUCUGCUUUAGCUUUAAGAAACCAACGGAAUCUGACUGAGAAUCAGCUCGCUGAGUACUGAAAGGUGGUGAAACGGUGAUAACAUGAGCUGGAGUUUCUUAACACGACUCCUGGAGGAGAUCUCCAACCAUUCCACCUUCGUGGGGAAGAUCUGGCUCACGCUGCUUAUAGUGUUCCGAAUCGUCUUGUGUGUAGUAGGCGGCGAGUCUAUAUACUAUGAUGAACAGAGUAAAUUUGUGUGCAACACGGGGCAACCUGGUUGCGAGAACGUGUGCUAUGACGCAUUUGCGCCACUUUCACACGUCAGGUUCUGGGUCUUCCAGAUCAUCAUGAUCACCACCCCCACCAUCAUGUACUUGGGCUUCGCCAUGCAUAAGAUUGCCCGCAUGGACGAUGAUGAGUACAGGCCCCGCGGGCGCAAACGAAUGCCCAUGAUCAACCGUGGCACCAACAGAGACUAUGAGGAGGCGGAGGACAACGGCGAGGAGGACCCCAUGAUUUGUGAGGAGAUCGAGCCUGAGAAAGAUAAGGAGCCUGAGAAGCCUUCGAAAAAGCACGACGGACGGCGGCGCAUCCAACGUGAUGGCCUGAUGAAGGUCUACGUAUUCCAGCUGCUUUCCCGUGUCGCCUUUGAGGUGUCCUUUCUUUUCGGACAGUAUAUCUUGUUCGGCUUUGAGGUGGCGCCCUCAUACGUGUGCACACGGAGCCCGUGCCCCCACACCGUGGACUGUUUUGUCUCUCGCCCCACCGAGAAGACAAUCUUCCUACUGAUCAUGUAUGCAGUGAGUGCCCUCUGUUUGUUACUCACAGUGCUUGAAAUUCUCCACCUGGGUUUCAGCGGCAUUCGUGAUGCUUUCCGCAGACGGGCUCGCCGCCACCACCACAUGCCUAUGCCCAUGACCGGCCCAAAGCCCUUGAUGUGCAGCCGGGUUCCAACAGCGCCACCUGGUUACAACACUGCCUUAAAAAAGGACAACACUGGUAAACUUGCCAUGGGCAUGAAGCCUGACUACAACCUGGGCGACUCGGGUCGGGAGUCAUUUGGCGACGAGUCGUCUUCCCGUGACCUGGAAAGGCUGCGAAGGCACUUGAAACUGGCCCAGCAGCAUCUGGAUCUGGCCUACCAGAGUGAAGAGGGGAGCCCGUCAAGAAGCAGCAGCCCAGAGUCUAAUGGCACGGCUGUCGAACAGAACAGAUUGAACUUCGAAAAGCAGGAGAAGCAGGGAAGCACCUGUGGUAAAGGUCUCAGAGCCUGAGUCUGACGUUUCCACUACUUUCUUGACUGCCAAACUCCGUCCAUUGGUUGGGUUGGACAUCUACGGGAAUGGAUGUUUUUGAAUGGUUUUGUAGGAUUCUUUGUAAAACAAUGACACACUUGUUGUUUUUGUGAGCACUAUAACAACAUGCUGUGCAGUAUUAUAGCAGGAAAGAACAUUUCAGCAGCCAGUUAUACUUGAGGACCAGUCUGCCUAACAUUCCAAAGUACUCAAGUAAAACCUUUCCUUUUUGUAGCCAACUGAGCAGAGUGUUUAUCCUUUUUUUUGUUUGUUUGUUUUCGUCGUAGGAAAAGAUUUCUUCCAUAUAUUUAACACUUCUUAUGAAGUGCCAAGGUUUGCAUCUCAAAAAUGCCUUAAUUUUUAAACUGGACUGUACUUUUUUUUUUUUUUUAUUCUCAUUUCAAAACGUAACGGACAAGCCAGUGUAAAACCACAUUAGAAUUUUUGGUUAUGUAGGUACGAAUAUAGUAGUAGGUUUUGUGUUUAGUAGUGAACCGUAAUUAGUACUUGCAUGUAUCUGUGAACCAGUGUCAGCCAAGGGCUUCUUAUUGUCUAAGAUGGUACGUUGUUUUUUGUAGAGUUUGGUUGGGGAAGGUUGAUUUGUUCUAAUAGUAUCAACCAAGGACCAAGUUCACAAGAAGGUUGAGGUACGAUGCCAGACCAAAAUCACUGUCUGAUAAAGCUAUUAUUAUUUAUAGGCAUCCAAGUGGCCCCAGUUUCACUGUUCAGACUAACUAUUCAAUUACUAUAGAUCAUGUUUGAGCUGGUUAAUGAUGUUGCACAACAAACCAGGUCAAAUCUUAUUAAAAUGAAAAGCGGCACUUCAUAUGUAGCCUGUAAUCUCAGCCAAUCCCCUUAAGGCUUAAGCCAAACAAGUUGCUGCUGUUGGCAUUUUUUAUGUCUAUGAAAGGGUUUGUACAUUAAGAAAAUACAUCUCUGUUUCUGGUUUUUGGGAGACUUCUCUGGGUGAACUGGAAUCCAAUGUGGUCGGAGAGGAAAUGUAACAGAUAGCAACAUGCUGCGCAGGCCUGUAGCUGUAUCUGUAGUAGCAGUCGUUGUGCUGAAAUGCAGUCUCGGCCUCUGCUUAAGUUUUUGCUGUUCUGCAAUAUCAAAGCCACUUUUUGGUGCCUUUUGUCUGAAUGAUCAAAACAAUGAAAACCUGGAAAUGCUUGAAUACUUGUGAAUCUUAAUUGCUGACCUACAAGGAAGCUUUUGAUAUGUUCUUCCGUUUUGUGUGAGGUGUGUGUAUACGGGGAUUUUAUUGCCACAUUAAUAUAACAAUGACGAAAAGGCUUCUCUGUGAAGUACAAAAGGUUUACAGGACUUUUUGUUUGGUGUAAUUUUUUUUUUUAAUAUAUAAUUGUUUACUGCUCCACAUAAUGUCUCUUUGUUUGGCCUGAUGUGGAUCUGUCUGGCUUUUGUUGUUCUGUGUUUUAGUUCAGACAGCUGUGCGCCAGCUCAUUUGUUCUAAUGAUGGGAGUUACAAGUCUUGAGCGAGGUCACAUUUUCUUAUUGUAUGAAUAUAUUUCUUGAAUAUUUUAUGGUUAUUUUCCUUUAUCUUUUAAUUUUGUUGCUUCUCUAUGCAAAUUGAUUCAAGCUGUUCCAAAUGCAUCUGUUGGAGGUUCAGGGCUAACUGGGCCUGGUGUGCUACAAGCCCGAUGGAGCUUUAAGAUCUUUUAUAUAGUGGUUAAGUUAGUAUCCUUUUUACAGCAGUUAAAUGUAACCCUGCAGUGCGAACAGUGCAGUUAACAACAUUCAUAUAGUGAAGCAACAGUCAAGACCUCAUCUAGGACAUGAAAAGUUAACAUGGGCAAAAUGUGCAAAAUCAAACUUGAGACAUCAAUCAUUUUCCUGUCCUUUUUUUUGUUUUCCCGUACACUAACACAAAACAAUCCUGUUACACUAUUGAUUUAGACACAAAGUUUAGCUCACACUCUUUAAAAGAUGUUGAUCUCAUUUAAGAUGCAAAAACGCUGGUAAUAGACAAACAUAUAAAAGUGCAAAGAACCUUUACAUCAAGUUAUGAUUUAACAUCUGUUACAUUUAUGGUUAUUUAUGGAAUUCUAUGAUCUUUCUAAGAAGUUUUCUAUGAUAUUUUCAGCCAACUUUUUUGUAGCUUUUUUUUUUUCCUCUUUUUUUUUUUUUUUUUUGAGUAACCCGAAACACACUUCAGAAAUCCCUUAUACACAGUAUAGCUUGGUCUAAGUGGACUAUUUUUGUUUUGUCCUCACCCGUUUCGAAAACUUACCCAAAGUAAAGGGCUCUAAUUGUUUGUACGUGGCAAAAGAAUGCAGUCUGCCCCGUCUUGUUUCAGCAUUAGUUCAGAGGAAAGUUCUGGAGUUUGUUAUUGCAAGAGUGUGUUCUGUUUGUUUUUUAAACUUUUGUAUUCCAUGUUUUUUAUACUUUUUGUACAAAUAGUAUUUUUGUGCAAGUUAAAUAUGAAUAAAACUGAAAUUGAA